CUGGCUCCGAAAUCUCGUCGUAAAUGGCGUUUGCUUAGCUCUUGCCGACAGCUUCGCAUUCCUUGGAAGCGCUGCUCCGCUCGGUGUGUGUGUGUGCAGAGGAGAGGAGAGGAGAGAGUCGUGUUCGCGUGAGCGGUCGUGCGGCUGCCGGUCUGGCCCCGGUUCUCUCGAAGGCUUGAACCUCGCGCUUCGAAUCUAUCGAGCGCGAGGCUAGGCGAGAAGAGGAGAGGCGAGGUUGUGUUCGAGGAGGAGGAGGAGGAGGAGGAGGAGGGUUGGGUUCGUGCGGUGCUUCAUUGGGCGUGAGCAUUUUUUUGGACGGUGUUGUGCGGAGGCGAUUGUUUGUGUGCCCCGGAAGGGCUGCGGUUCGAUGGGGGAGUCUUCGUCUCCCUCGUCUUCCAAGUCCGAUGACGAGCACCAUCGUGUCAAAGCUCGGCAUCAUCAGAAACGCAGGCGCCGAGACCGACACGAGAAACAUGAGAAGCACGAGAAGAGGAAUUUGGCCUCGAAUGAGGCGAGCGUUAGCGGGCGCAGCAGCAGCUCGUCGGACGAUAGUGAUAGCGAUCGCAAAAGUGAUGCGGACAGUCUGAGUAGCGGUGGACGAAGAGAAAGGAAAAGACACGUCAAGCGCAAGCGUAGGGACGGAAGUUCUAGUCAAGAUAGCGACGUAGACAAUGAACGCCACAGGAAGCAUCGGAGAAAGUCCCGAACGCAUAAGAAGGACAAGGACAAGGACAAGGACAAAGAUAAACGCAGGGAGAAAAGUCACCGUCACAAGGAGAGACGUCACAGGUCAAAAGAGAAGUCGAGCAAAGAAAGCAGUGGUCCCGUACAGCUCUCAAAGUUCCUUGGAAGAUCUAAAGACGACGGUGUCCGGCGCAGUGUUGUUUCCGGCAAGAAGAUACAGAUGAAGGUGGAAAAAUCAAAGGAGGACAAACUAGCAGAAACCAAUCGGAACGAACUUUUAAAGUUUUUGAAUGCAAGUUAUGAUUGAUAUUCAGGGAUUGAGUUCCACCUUUUGCAAACUGUGUAUUACACAACCCGUGUAAGGACAGGGAGUAUAUGUAGUUUCCUCGUCCAGAUAUACCGGGAUCCACGCUGGUAGCGAAUUAAGUUGUCUUCACUUCUUGAUUUAUACCAUUUGCAUCGUCACCUUCGUACGAGAGAAAGCAUCAAAAGCCUGCGCCUUACGUUUUCUUCUCUGUAGGUCCAGUCUCUGCCCUGUUGACCUCACUGAUGCCCAGAAGUACUACCGCCCAUAUUCGGGCGGUAAUGGGAAGACUGCAUAUUAGCUCUCGCAUUAAAGUGUCAUUUGUUUG